AUGGUCCUAAUUGAGAUGCUCGUGGGCAAGGGCGCAGCAGCAGCUGGCAUGGGGGCUGUCAAGAUGGCCUCGGCUGGCAGCACUGGCACUGCCAUGUCUCUGCUGCAGCCAACGCACGACUUGAUGCGAGGAGUGUCACACUUUGCACCGCCUGAAAAGCUCAGCAGCUUGUUCACAGGCUUUGAUACCGUGGCUGACUCACUGGCACACUCCGUGCAGAGCGCCGCAGCGACGCUGUCUCUGGUGUCUCCCUCCAGCGUGGUCGGAGCGGCUGCCUUCAUGGGUACGUUGGGUGGUUUCCACUCCUUUGGCAUUCUGAAGGUGAGUCAGGUUUCAUCAUGGCUCACUGGAGAGGAGGAAGAAGGGGAGCGAAAACCCACCGGCUUUAACUGCAGCAUUCGUCCCAGCAUCGCGCUGAUUUGCUUCUCCGAUGCCUUGACUUCAGCUGCUCUCUUCUCCUCCAUCGGAGCGCCCUUAGACGUGCUCCCAGGGCUUCCAGGGCUGACUGGAUUGACCUUCGAGCUCACAAUGUGCUUGGGAACAAGCGAGAUUGGCCAGAGUGUCAACAACAUCAGCAUCCCAGUCGCGAAGUGUCAGAAUUCAAGGAGGUCCAAGCUGCCCCCAAGCGCAGUUGCGGAGAUCUUGGCCGCUGCCGCACAGGCCAGUCAGGAAGCACCGAACCGAGCCGUGAAAAGACGUGUGCGACAGCGGCUGCACAAAAAGUUGGGAAGCCUGUUGACAUGUGAGGAGUUUGGUCGGGCCAUGGAGCGUUUCAGGAUCAUGGAGGAGGAGAGUGGUGCUGGUGCUACACCCGAAGCUUGCAGCCAGGGCCCAACCAGCAGCGCUUCAACGAACGUGCUCCCCACACGAUGCUCUCCGCAACUCAUUGCGUUGCCCAUCUUUGUGCCCAUGAUGACACCUCCGCAAGCUCUUCAAGCCCCAGCCGCUUCACGCCAACCGCCUGCCGGAGCCAUCUGUCGGAUCCCCAUCUCCUUGGCUGGAGCUGCGUUGGUCAAGCCAGAGGCCUCAACUGACAAGAAAGAAGCUGAGGAGGACAUGCCCUCCCUGGAGCUGGAGGAGCCUUCCUCCUCCUCGAAGGCCCAAUCGGAGUCUGAGACCACAACAGAUGACGAGGCGGAACUUGAGAGUUUCACCGACCUCCGCAUUGAGUGGGUCCGAGCCACAUCCGAGGGCCCCUUGCCGGUGGAGCGCACUUUCAUCCAGUUCAACACGCGUACCCAUGUGCAACGCCGUCGAAGCAAGUCUCUUUGAGAUCGAUCCAGGGUUAGUCGAACUAACGAACAGGGUUGGUGAAGGGAAAAAGUCGACAGG